GCGCAAAGAGAUGGAAAUGCUCUCAGUCCCCAAAAGGGGUUGGCAAGGACGAGUUGGUGGUGUCGCCCCCACCACGAAGGUUUCAGGGAGCACUGGCCGACAGAAAGCGCCCAGAAGAACACAACGUUCUGUCGACACUGCAAUCAGUGGCGGGGCGAAGGCAGGCCCUUUGCGCGCCCCGAAAGACCAUGCGCAGUUCCAGCGGGAUUGGCGAAGGCGGUGCUGCACCAACGGCGAACGGCGCGACUACCUUCGUCUAAUUGGCCCCAAGAACGUAUCAGCAUUGUUUCGCGUUGAGAUGGAACCGGACGUUCUGGGACAAGUGCUGUCGGUGGUAUGUCAAGAGUUUCCACUUCAUCCGCAACGGCUUGACACUGCCAUGCCGGCAACGCCAGAGAACGAGGAACGGUCUGGUGCUCCAACAAGAGGAGACGCAGGUGGUAGCGCCGCCGAAACUGCAAACGGGAGUGCCUCUGCAGAUAAAGCUGGUGCAAGGUUUUGCGUGGAGUGGCUUUGGGCACUAUCUAGGACGGGCCGGUUUGCGGUGAACAUCCUGUUCUUGGCGGACAAAGAAAAACAAGAAUUGGCACGAGCGUUCGAUCUGAUAUCUGCCGUAUUAGGUGACGAAGACGACGAGGAAAUUAGCAGCCUGCGGAAGGCUUACGCAGUGUAGACACAUCGUUCGUCGUCGAUACUUUUGCGAAUGUCUCACU